AUGCGACACCGCUUCAAUGACCUGCUGUUCCACCUCCAGUCGAGCGAUGCCCUCGCAGUUUUAUUUCUUUCGACUCAAGAGAAGAGACAUGGUUGGGUUUCGACGAUUACAGUGAGUGGGUUGAUAUUGUGGAUAUGUCUCUCGUUCAUCUUAGUCCUACAAUUCAGAGGGUACUUGGUAGAACGGGCCCCAUGGAGUGUCAUCGCCAUUGUUGGACCAGUUUCUAUCUGGGCCGCGAUAGUCAGCGCCAAAGGUAUCGACUUCUACUAUGCUGGUCUGUUCACCCCCCUCUGGAUCACAGUUGGCCUGAACAUCCUUGCGAUCUAUGAUGGCAAGAACCGCAUCACAGUCCGACAAGCUUGGAAGGACAAGAUCGAUCUCGAGAGCGGGUCCCAUCAUGUCACAGGCUCUGAUAGUGCCUCAUCAAGACGGGCUCCUCUGCGCGCAACUCAGAGCAUCCCUUCGACGACUGUUCAUCCCUGCUAA